AAUACACAAAUCCCUUGAAAGCCACACACACGGCAUACAGACGCAUUUUUGGUUCACAAAAUUACUUAUCCUUUUCAAUGGUUUGUUUAUAAAAAAAGGUUUGUUGCUACAGUCACUUGUGUCUGUGAUGACCGUCUAACGAUCUAGACACCGGUCUGCAGGAUUGAUAUCUCCAACUGCGGCGUCAUUUACUGGAAUCGCGUCGGCCAUGUUGUAGUGGGGGUUGAUGCAAGUUUAGAGGUAGGAAGAGUAGCUACAGGAACUGGGUUAGCCUACUUUUGGUGACUUCUUUUGUCAUGUCGCUGGAUACAUUUUGCUGGGAUUUUAUUCAUUAAGGCGUUCUGUCUGUGUCAACCCCUUUAAUCGUUUAAUUUCUUCAUCAUUCGUUUUGCUUUGAUUUAACUUCAUUGUUAUUUCAUUCACCGAGCACAAAAACGAUUGAGAAAGACCUGUGUUGGAGGGAGGCGGGAUGGGGGCGACUGUGAUUUCCAUGUUGGAAUACUAGCUGAUUUUUCGUCGAACGCAGAAAUAAAAACACAAGCGACACGAGUUCGUGAAUUUCUAAAAGACGUGACCAUGGGCUGCAUCAAGAGUAAAGAGGACAAGGGGCCUACCAUGAAGUACCGCCCGGAUAAUGCUCCGGUCUCAGAUGUCAUCGGCCCCCACGUGGGCCACUACGGGCCUGACCCCACCCAGCUGCAGCAGAACCAGCCGUCCUCCACGGGGCCCGCUGCAGGUUUCAACCCCCACACCAUCACCCCCUUCGGAGGAGCUUCCUCCAUCAUGACCCCCUUCGGAGGGGCUUCCACCUCCUUCUCCGGUGCUCUGCCCGGCACGUUCCCCGGUGCCGUCUCAAGUGGGGUUACGUUCUUUGUGGCCUUGUACGACUAUGAAGCCAGAACCUCAGACGACCUGUCGUUCAAAAAAGGGGACCGCUUCCAGAUCAUCAACAACACAGAAGGGGACUGGUGGGAGGCGCGCUCCAUCAACACAGGGAAGAAGGGUUACAUCCCCAGUAACUAUGUGGCACCAGCUGACUCGAUCCAGGCUGAAGAGUGGUACUUUGGUAAAAUGGGACGUAAAGAUGCUGAGAGGCUGCUGUUGAAUCCAGGCAACAACCGAGGCACCUUCCUGGUGCGAGAGAGUGAAACUACUAAAGGUGCUUACUCCCUGUCCAUACGAGACUGGGACGAUGCCAAAGGCGACAAUGUGAAACACUACAAGAUCCGCAAACUUGACAACGGGGGUUACUACAUCACCACGCGCGCCCAGUUUGACACGCUGCAGAAACUGGUCAAACACUACACAGAGCAUGCAGACGGUCUGUGCUACCGGCUGACCACGGUGUGCCCCACGGUGAAGCCCCAGACCCAGGGACUGGCCAAGGAUGCCUGGGAGAUCCCCCGGGAGUCCCUACGCCUGGAGCUCAAACUGGGCCAGGGAUGCUUUGGAGAGGUCUGGAUGGGCACGUGGAACGGCACCACCAAGGUGGCCAUUAAGACCCUGAAGCCAGGCACCAUGUCCCCCGAGGCCUUCCUCCAGGAGGCCCAGAUCAUGAAGAAGCUGCGACACGACAAGCUGGUGCCCCUCUACGCCGUGGUAUCUGAGGAACCCAUCUACAUCGUCACUGAGUACAUGGCCAAAGGAAGUUUGCUGGACUUCCUAAAAGAGGGAGAUGGUAAAUUCCUCAAGCUUCCCUUGCUGGUGGAUAUGGCAGCACAGAUCGCUGACGGUAUGGCUUUCAUCGAGAGGAUGAACUACAUCCACAGGGACCUGCGCGCCGCUAACAUCCUGGUCGGGGACAACCUGGUGUGCAAGAUCGCCGACUUCGGUCUGGCUAGGCUGAUCGAGGACAACGAGUACACAGCUAGGCAAGGGGCCAAGUUCCCCAUCAAGUGGACGGCUCCUGAGGCCGCCCUGUACGGGCGCUUCACCAUCAAGUCAGAUGGCUGGUCCUUCGGCAUCUUACUCACUGAACUGGUCACCAAGGGCAGGGUGCCCUACCCAGGCAUGGUGAACAGGGAGGUCCUGGAGCAGGUGGAGCGGGGGUACCGUAUGCCCUGCCCCCAGGGCUGCCCAGAGUCCCUCCACGAGAUGAUGAAGCUGUGCUGGAAGAAGGACCCUGACGAGAGGCCCACCUUCGAGUACAUCCAGUCCUUCCUGGAGGACUACUUCACAGCCACGGAGCCACAAUACCAGCCUGGGGAUAACCUAUAGUCAGGCCUGGCCGCAGCACAGCCCUGGACCACUUCACCGUGCAAUGUAUCUCUCCACCCAGGAGGAGCAGACUUGGAUACAGACGCAUGGAGACGUAAUUCUAUGAAUAAUGUGCUUCAGAAAAGCCAACUGGAAGCUUGGUUAUCAAGUUGCACAAACCACUGCUAUUGCUGAUGAUAAUUUUUCUUUUUUAAACAAAUGUUCAGUUUUUUUAUUUCAGGUACUACAUAUAGUCUUAGUUUGUAUGAAUUUACCAAAAAAAUUGUCCUCAAUGAUCAUGUUCAUUUUCAAAGUGACCAAUCAUUCAACUGUGUAGUUGUUUUAACAUAUUUGUUGAACCAUGAAAAUGGCAUGAGAAAGCCCAUCAGGUAGAGGCUUUCUGAAUGAGAGCUCUUCAAAAUGGAGGACAAGAGAGAAGGAUGUACUGUAAGGCUGCGUUUACACAUAGGCAGCCCAAUUCUGAUCAAUCGUAUCAGAUCUUUUAAAAUCUUUUUCAGAGCUGAUCUGAUUGGGUAAAAGACCAAUUAGUGAAAAUAAGAUCAGAAUUGGGCUGCCUGUGUAAACUCGAAGGCAAGUACUGUGGGAAUAUUUCAAAUGAGCAUUCAGUUCAACUGGAAAAUGCUUUUCUUUCUACAUUCGUGUUUUUCUGAAUGAUUGACUUGAGUGGCGCGGAUCAGGGACAGUUGCGUGGGUCCGUCUUGUCUGCUCAUUUUCUAUUUUAUUUCUAUAUAAACUAAGAAUUAUUCAUAUCAUGGAAAUGGUUGUAGGUUCAUGUGAAGCUCUCGAGUCCUUCAAUAACACUAAGUCCAUCCUGUUAUGUGUCCAAGACAGACUGUUGCCAUGCCAAGUUACAUUACCUCUUUAAAGAUCACUACAGAGUAUGACUAAACCUUGUUUCCCUUGUACUCUGAUCUGGAGUCAGUUUUUAGCAUUUUCCCAACAAAUUCUUUAGGUGAGGAUUACAGUAGUGGAAGCUGAUCCUAGAUCUGUAUCUAAGGGAAACUUCACCCCGGAGCAAUGUAUCACUGUGAGAUAGGAUAAUAUUCAGCUCUCGCCUGGCAAUGCCGACAGCCCUGUAGAUCACUAAGCUACAUGCCAACGCAGAUUGUCUCUGCACAUGUCAUAGUGCUACGCAACAGGAGGCAAUAUUGAAUGGAGCUAGUAUAGACUAACAGUACCUCCUAGGACCAGAAUUAAUUUAUGGAUGCAACCACCUGAUUUGACAGUUUUACAUGCCAGCAAUAACUUGUACACAAUUAUGUUAAAAAGGACUUGGCCUUCUCUUUCACUUACAUGGAUAAGUCAUUUACUAGACUCAUCACGUGUUCUAUUUUCAGACCUGAAGAUGCUCGAAAAGGAAACCAUUUCACCUUUAUGGGAAAAUAUUGCCAAAGCACCUGAAAACUGUUUAUUUUGACUACAUGUGAUUUUAUAGUGUGAACGGAUUUCAUUCAGUCAACAGUUUCAGCCUAGAUACAAAGAGGAUACGUUUUUAUUCAGACGUUUUUGUUUUUAAAGGUAGACUCAGCGAAAUGACGUUGCCACGAGCAGCACCGCAGAUGUUGCGAUGAGCGAGAUGCAAGCCUUCGCUCCCUCAGUCACAUACAGUAUCUGCGCUUGCGCAAGGGUUCCCUUCACGCUUUUAGAGCGUGGUAGGUACGGGACCAAAACAGUGGGAGAGUUUAGCCUCGCGCUUCAACGCUCUUAGUUGUUGCGGAAUUUGACCCACUAUGCUGUUUAUGUUGUGCACCUACAUCAUAUCGCUGAGUCUUCCUUUAAUACAUUAGUCGGAACCAGUGAACGGUUAGUUAUAUUUUAAGACCGCAAAAUGGAGGAAGGUCCUUUUAAUGCGUCAUGUCGCAUCCACAGGGGUCAUUUGACUUGUUUUUCUAUAAACUCAUCAGUUAAGCGGUACAUUUGAUUAUGCAUACUUACAUAGAUUGGUCAACUAGGGGUUUAAAAGAAGGGCUUUUUACAAAAUCCUGAUUUUAUAAAAAGGACAGCAAAGACUAGAACGCAAGUUAUAACGUUGGGGGAAAGAUACAUAAUUAUGGUUUAGAUACUAAUCUGUGGAAUUUGUACAGUUGGAAAAUAAAACAUUUCUGAUUCUAA